GUUAGUUUGGCUUGUUUUCAGAAUUCACAACGAAAUGCCUCCAGCUGUCCAUCACCACUGUAAAUAUAAGAGUGGUUAUAGAGGAAAAAACGUCAGAAAGCAAAUUCAGUUGAUGUGGAGCAGAAGACAAGAAAGAAGAAGGAGAGGGGCACUUCAUCCCCCUCUCCAAUUCCAUCUGACUGUUCUGAACGGAAUGGCUCCGCUACCUCUGACCCCUCACCCUCUGACCAACUCUCCUCCCUCCAUCCACCUCCCUCUCCUGUUAAAUGUUCCUCUCAGCCUUGCUCUCCUGCUAAACAACCCUCUGUACCCCGGUCACCUGCCAAAAACCCUUCCCCAGUGAAAUCCUCUCCAGUGGUGUCCCACCCUAGUUCUCCCUCUCCUACCAACCCUCUGGACCGUCAUGGAGACACCAGUCAGGAGGGCACAACAGUCAGACCUCUGUCUCUUCAGGAACACUCUAGUCCAAUGCCCCAGAGACCAGUCUCAGCCACCAGAAGCAUGACUCUUCCCAGGGCCAGCUCAGCCACCAGAAGCAUGACUCUUCCCAGGACCAGCUCAGCCACCAGAGGGUCAGAAGAGACCCAGGGGCCCAGAGGAGAACGGGGGGAACUGGUCAACAUGGAACUUCUUGGGUUGCCUAACAUUGGCAACACUUGCUUCCUUAACGCCACCCUGCAGUGCCUCCUGGUCCUGCCUUCCUUCUCAAAGGAAAUCCUGCACCAGGAACAACUCUGGAGCUCCUCCCCCUUCUCCAACCUGCUCAGGUGUCUGUCUAAUGUGCACCGUUCAGGUCUACCUGACAGUGUGGCAAACCAGGCCUCAAAAACAGACCUCAUGUGGAAGGUCAAGUACUCCUUGUCGGGAUACGAUUUGAAGUAUCUGGGGGACAUGCAACAGGACGCACAUGAGUUACUUGUCAAUAUGCUGUGCCAACUGAAGGAGGAGGGCAUGAUUCUGAAGACACUCGGGAUGAACUAUACCUGCCCUGUUUCCCAGCUGGAGUUCCAACUUGUGUCGGUGCGCACAUGUACCAGCUGUGGGCGCGAGUCGUCUACCAGAGAGGACUACAACCACCUCUCAUUGGAUUUCAGCCCUGAGCGCACCUUGCUGAACAGCCUAGCACUCACUUUCAAAGUCAGCACUUAGGGCUCAGCCCUGCAUGUAGAGACUAACACCCAGGGCAAGCUGCCCACUGCCUCAGAAUACGCUAUCUUAUUAUUGUAGUUCCACUCACUGCCUCUGUGAGUUGUCCCUUUAUAACCUCUCAUAGUACUAGCAGUGUUUAAUGUCCUGAGCCUUUAGGAGUAGUUACCUUCCUGAGCAGGUUGUAGGACUUAGAGGUGAGCACCACCAAACAUAUUUCACUCAUCUGUUACUUUGUUGACUGGUUUCAUUGUCUGUCUGUUCAUCUCUCUUCCUCUCUGUUUCUGGGCAGUGUGCUGGUUCUGCAUCUGAAGAGGUUUGGAGGACCUGGGGGGUUGGAGAAGCUGGAGGCUCCUCUUUUGUUUCCUUCGGAGCUGAGGCUCUCCACCCUCUGUGGGGACAUGGUGCCACACCUGCACAGUGCCAGCCCACAGGCCCUCACCAACCAGGCCCCCAGCAUUCAGGGGUCCAUCCCCCAGACCCUCGCCAGCCAAGUCUCCAGCCCACCUGGAGAGGCCAAAGACAGCGCCCUCUGCUGUUCAGAAGCAGAAGCCAGUACAGUCAGUGAAUGGUUACUACCAGCUGACUGGCGUAGUCUCUCAUUUGGGAGGUUCCGCAAACUUCGGGCACUACAUUAGUGACAUAUUGCAUGCCCGUGGAAACUGGUUCUGCUGUAACGACAGCCAGGUGUCAAUGUCCAAUGAAGCCACUGUGCUGAGGACCAGAGCCCGGAGUGCCUACAUGCUCUUCUAUAUGUUCAGGUACUGCUUACUCUCGCCAUCUAUAUUCUUGUGUUGCUAUUUAUGUGUACGGUUCCUUUCACCCUACAGGGCAAUAGAGCGGGAGGCCCCAGCACACAGAGCCUAACAGGGCCACCAGCAUCAGCCCCAGCCUAAACAGGGGCAGCACCUGGACCAGCCUCCAAACACUCAGACCUGUCUCAACAGGGGUAGUACCAGGCCCACUCUCAAGACCCCCAGCCCAGCCUCAACCCUCACACACCUGCCUCAAAAUGGGUAGCACUUGGCCCAACAUCAACAACUCCGAGCCCAGCCACAACAGGGGCAGCACAAGACCCAGCCCCAACACCCUCAGACCUGCCUCAACAGGAAGAUUUAUCGUCUGGGAUUCAGGCCGGUCCUAACAGGAAACGUGACAGAGGGAAGCAGCUGUAAUGGAGCCUUCUAACACCCAAUCAGGUCUGGAGGAGGAAUGUCACAUAAAGAUUCAGAGAUGCUAUGAGUAUCUUUUGAAGUUACUCUCCAGUUGUAUCCAUUUGAAUAAAUACAGACAUGAAAAU